UCUCUACCUUUCCCUCAUGAUGGUGGUGGAGGAGGACAAGCAGAAAGGCACCAGUCCGCACCAGCGCGGGUCCGGCUAUCCCGGCCGCUGCCCGCGGCGGCCGCCGCCACGACGACGGCAACAGAAGACGGCGGCGUCAGUCUUGGUGGCGAGCCGAGAGGGCCUGCAGGCGUUCCGCGAGUACGGGGACAGUUGGUACCUGUCCGUCAAGGAGCUAGAGAGCCGCUUCCACCCGCAGGAGCCGCUCGCCCGGCAGCCGCAGGUGACGGCGGAGGGGCGCUGCAAACUGGUCGGCUGGCUCAUUCCCCUGAACCGCUACUUCAGCCUCUCCUUCGAGACCCUCUGCAAGGCCAUCAACAUCCUCGACCGCUUCCUCGUCACUACUCCCGUGGCCAUUGAUUGCUUCCAGCUUCUGGGGCUGACUGCGUUGUUCAUUGCCAGCAAGCAGGUGGAGGUGCAGCCCCCCACGAUAGGCGAUCUCCUCGCCCGCUGUAGAGGCGCUUUCACCCGCCAACAGCUCCGCAACCUGGAGUGCAUAGUCCUGCGCCGCCUGAACUUCGACCUGGUGGUGCCCACCAUCAGCUUCUUUCUGGAGUACUUCAACCUAGUGCGGCUGGAGACUCCGCAGGCCGACGCCCGGGAGGCAGCGGAUGCCCAGAGCCUGGCCGUGGGGAUCGCGGAGCUCAGCCUGGCUGACUACGCCUUCAUCAAUUACGCGCCGUCUCUUUUGGCCGCCGGCAGCCUGGGGCUGGCGGACCGGCUGCUGCAGCACCGCAGACCCGUAGACCUGAAGGUCAGCGGCUACCCGGAGGAGAUCCUGCAGGACUGCAUGGCCCAGCUGCGGCUCCUGGUGUCACUAAACGAGGACUCUCUUUCGACUCUUCUACCCCUGGAGGUAGCUCGGAAGUGUCUGUGGCAGCUGGACAGCCGCUGACUGCAGGGCGAUUCCCCACAUUGUUUAUGCCUGUAGCCAGGGCAGUGCCUGGGUCAGAUCUGUGCUGGCUCGUCCUUGGUGUCCUAAGAGAUGGUGUAGGGUUUGAGCCACUGAAGGUUUGAAAGUUAGACCAUGUUUUGCACGUGAUGUUACUGUACGUGGUUGCAUUGUUCCUUCACUGAUUUUUUUAAAUCUCCAGCGUGUAAAUAAUACAUAAAAACAAUCUCAGGUCCUGUAUUAUUUAUUUGCUGUAUGGUCUGUAAAGAUGGAAGAACCACAUCACUGUUGGAUAAGUACACAGGGCAAUUAAAAAUGAGUUUAUUUGC